AUGAGAAAAGAAAGAAGAAAAUCCUCCAGCUGGACUCGACAAAAUAGUGAAAUAAACUUUUUCUUAAAUUCUCCGUCACCUACUCCAAUAUCCUUUUUUCGCUUAACUCAUCCAAAUCAACGUGGACGAGCUAUUGCGAAAUAUAAAAAGGGUCUUGUCAUUGCUAUGAAACGUAGCAAAGGCUCAAAUCUUGCUAAACUGAAAGCCCUGGAUAGUGACGUAGAGACUAUACAACGAGACUGGGAAAUCUGGUUAAAGGAAAAGAAAGCGAUUUUAGCCUGUCGAAACAAUCAUGAUGCGAACUUGCGAAUUCAACAAGACUUUGCUAUAACGAUGGAGACAAUCGCUGGUGCAACCAAAAGCGAGACUGGGGAACAUAAUAAUUUUGCUUCAGGAAGUCAUCGUAUGAAAAGAUCGGAUGAAAAUAAUGCAUCUGAUUCAUCCUACCGUACUGAAUCAGAGGAAUCAAAUGAUGAUAGUGAACUUGAACAAAAAGAAAAAAUUAAGUUUCAGUACGAAUGGCUUAGUGGACCCGGUAUAAAAGAGUCUACAUUGAUUGAAUGCGCCAUUAAGUGGACUGUCGGCACUAUUGAUGUUUCAAAUAUACUAUUAGAAUAUCGUAAUUUGUCAAUCAAAAAAGCAUCGGAGAGAAAAAUUGAAAAUGCUGUUGAAAUGCUUUCUCUUAAUUAUAUAUUCCUAUUGGAUGAGAAUUUAUCGACUGGGAUCUCGGAAAUGAUUGGCACCGCAGCACUUAGAGCGAUCUUCGAAAAUAUCAGAAGCGAAUAUACUAAUACUCCAUGUCAUUUAUCGGAUAAAGAUAUAGCAAAAAACAACUUCCAAGGCCGCAAGUCAUUACUUAGGAAAUGGCAGAAGGAAGUCAAAGACAAUGAUAACGAUUUAGUCUUAGAAGUUUUUGAAUCGAUUAACACGAACAGAGCAGAUGCGCGAGAAGAUUCAUUCGUUCAUGAAGUCUUUGCACCAAUAAUUUUACCUUUUUUCGUAAAUGACGAUCUAAUUUGUGAAUGGUCCUCAGAUGUUUUGAAUCCAUCAACCCACAGAAAACGUAAAUUUGAUCCUAUUCUCCAGGGAAGAAAAGCAGACUUUUCUGCUUACACACAAAUUAAAGGCAACAGAUACUAUCUAUUGGUCUCCGAAAUAAAAUCCGCCAGAUAUAUUUCUUCAAAGAAAGUUAAUUUUGUGGAUUGUGAUUUAGUAAAAAUUGGAAAUGAAAUGAAGGAUAUGCUUGAUAAGUGCAUUGAAGAUGGUGCGAAAACCAGAGAUUUGACUAUUUGUAGCAUGCUUGUUGAAGGUUUUCAGUGCAGUGUGUUUGUAAUGGACCUGAAGUUUGACGCAAUAUAUCGAAUGAUACUCUUGGGAAAGUUUUUCCUUCCACAAAAUAUUCAUAAUCUUAGUGUACUUCCUACAGCAAUAGAAGAACUAAUGCAGAUAAAGGACAUUGUUUCCCGUUCCGCUGAGCUUUGCGUUCAAAGUUUAUCCCGAUGCAAUAAAGAUUCAAGUAUCACAUCUACUGUACCCGCCACGCCCUUACGCAAUGGGAUGAUGCGACCAUCUUUCCACACGCCAAUGAAGGUACCAAUUAAGAAAAUUUCUUAA